UGCACAUUUCUCUCUCUCUCUCUCUCUCUCUCUCUCUCUCUCUCAUGUUUGGCUGCCCAGAAAGUUUACCGCAAAAGGAAACUCCUCUUCAAGUUUAAGCCGCACCAAACACACUUUGUGUUUGUUUUUUUGUUUGUUUUAAGUAACCAAUGAUAUCACCAUUUUUAUAAAUGAAAAUGUUGAUCGAAAUUCUAAAUAAUUCGACCAAAAAAAAAAAAUUUCUAAAUAAUCAUUUUCAUCUUUAAUUCACCUACCGGCUUUUAUAUUCAUCAAUCAUCAGUAACUUGCGUUGUUGAGUGAAGAUUAACGAGUACCCUCGUUUCUUUGUUCUGGCUGGAAUCGGAGCUUGUUUAUUAGACCUGGAUCCAAUGGACCUGAAGGCAAAUCGUGGUCCUCUCCUCAGUGAUACAGCAACCUUAACAAGGUCAAGGUCAAGGCUAGGUGUGACUUCCACUCAGUUAGCUUGCUCUCCUCCAGCAGGGGCCACAACCUUUUUGCACGGUUCAUCGAUAGCAAUUCCGAGGAAGAAAACAGGAGUUCUUGAUGACGUUCGUUCUAACGGUUGGCUGGAUUCCAUGAAAUCAUCUUCUCCAACUCACAAGAAAAUAUCUAAGGAUGUUAGCAAUGGAAUCGCAUCAUCCGAUGCCGAUGCUGCUUAUUUUACUUGGCUGCUAAAGUAUCCAUCAGCACUUGCAUCUUUUGAGCAAAUUAUUAACUGUGCGAAAGGCAAGAGAAUAGCAUUGUUUCUGGAUUAUGAUGGGACUCUUUCACCAAUUGUGGACAAUCCUGACUCUGCAUUCAUGUCUGACAGUAUGCGUGCUGCUGUUAAAAAUGUGGCAGAAUAUUUUCCGACAGCAAUAAUUAGUGGAAGAAGCCGUGAAAAGGUGUAUGAUUUUGUUGGAGUAACAGAACUCUAUUAUGCCGGUAGUCAUGGAAUGGACAUUCUUGGUCCUCUAAGACAAUCUGUAUCUGAUAAUCACCCUAACUGCAAUAGGACUACUAACAAGCAGGGUAAAGAAGUUAAUUUAUUCCAACCUGCUGCUGAAUUCAUACCCAUGAUUGAUGAGGUACGUGGCUUGCUCCUUGAGUGUACAAAAGACAUCAAAGGAGCAAAAGUUGAGAACAACAAAUUUUGUGUCUCUGUGCAUUACCGUAAUAUAGAUGAGAAGAAUUGGGGUAUGGUUGGACAGCGCGUAUAUGAUAUACUGAAGAACUAUCCCCGCUUACGAUUAACUCAUGGGCGAAAGGUUUUAGAGGUCCGUCCGGUGAUUGACUGGGAUAAGGGAAAAGCUGUCACAUUUUUGCUUGAGUCACUUGGACUUAACGACAGUGAUGAUGUGCUAGCUAUAUAUGUUGGAGAUGAUCGGACAGAUGAAGAUGCAUUUAAGGUUUUGAGAGAAGCUUAUAAAGGUUGUGGCAUAUUAGUGUCCUCUGCCCCAAAGGAAAGCAACGCAUUUUACUCUCUUCAUGAUACUUCAGAGGUUAUGGAAUUCCUCAAAUCACUCGCGGCAUGGAAAUCAAGCUCGUUAAAUAGCUUUGUAUAACAGAUAGAGGAGAAUAUACUCCACUAUACUAUAUAAUUAUCAAGGAAUAAGGAGGUCUCUAUUUUUGGAUUUGUAGGUGACAUUUCAAGAGGUCUGCUGGAGCAGAUUUAGGCUCAAAUGGCCUUUUGCGACGGCAGUGACAUUUUUAUUACCAGUUGUUUUGCUCAAAGCUGUGUACGUGGUAGAUGUAAAUUCCUUGCUCAUAAUCAUAUGGUUGUCAGAAAGAUUAAGGAAGAUAUGCUCAGAGGUUUUUUUUUUUUUUUUGCAGUGAAAAUGUUUAUUGUAUUUAGUUCACAUUCUUUCUUCAGUUUUGGUUACAGGUCCUUCCCAGCUAAUUGGGGGACAUUCUUUUUAUUUUUUCAUUAAGAGAGAAUUUUCAGUUAAUUUUUUUAAUAUGUAAGUUGGAAUUGGAUAUCAUUAUUUACAUUACCUAUUUUAUAACAGUCAGAUCAUCAUUACAUGCUUGA